UUUUUCAAAAUUAGGAUUCAGUUUUUCCCAGAUUAUCCGGCAUAAUCAACUACAAUUUUUAAAUAUCUGUCAUAUUACUCAUAUAUUUCAAUUAAUUAACAUCUAAACAAUUUUUAAGACUUUUCAUAACAAUUACAAUUUUGCAGGCCAGCUGAUAACGAGGAGAAGCCAGAUGAAUGCACUUCCUCAGAGUCCAGUGCAAGUACGAGUACCAGUACUAUGAAAGAACUCGUCAAUAGUAGUUGCAGUGAAUCACCAAGCAAAAAGAAGAAAGACGUAGGCAAGCACAGAGUGUCCGGGUUUGACCCUAAAUGGAUGGAGACCUUCCAGUGGCUCCUGCGUACCUCUGCUGGCAUGGUAUGCACUGUUUGCAGGAAGCAUCUUGUUGGGGCAGCACGAGCUCAUCCAUUUGUAAAUGAACCAUCUAUCAACUACCGUUUGGAUGCUGUAUCCCGACAUGAAAAGAGCAGCUCCCACAUCUCAUGCAUUGAAAAGGAGCAGACUCUAAGAACAGGCAAAACACUACCUAAGAUAGUUUGUGAAAGAGCCGACAUUGAACACUGGGCAUUGGAGGGGUGUUUUCGGCUGAUGUACCAGAUGUUGCGGCAAGAGGUACCACACCAUACCAACUACAAAGGAUUCCUUGAAUUGAUGGAGGAUUGCGGAUGCAAGUACUUCGAAGCUCUUAGGGUUGACAGCAACACUAACUACUGUAGUCAUCGCAUCAUUGACGAAUUAUUGGCGAUCAUAAAUGACUCGGUGCUUCAGCCACUGCUUAUCGAUCUGCAAAAGUCACGAGCGUGGAGUAUUCUGAUUGAUGAGUCAACUGACAUCAGCGUCACUCAAGAACUUGCAAUAUGUGUGAUGUUUCUGAAUCAACACAGCAAGGUUGAAACAACCUUUCUAGACAUGGUUCCUGUGACAAAUGGCAAGGGGGAAACUGUCACUGAUGCGAUUCUGCAGCUGCUUCAGAGGCAUGAUCUGAGCAUGAAGAAUCUGCGAUCCAUAGCUAGUGAUGGAGCCUAG